CUUCUUUCUAUUUUAAUCCUUUCCAGUUCCAUAGCCAAAUUCACACUCACUACCCAUAAUGAACUUGAAGUAUACCGUAUUUCUCUCCGUUUUAGCCACCACCACCACUGCUGCCACUGCCUCCGUUGACAGUUUCGACAGCAGCUCCUCUGAGACACCCGAUGAAACUGCUUGCAUGCAAAGUGCCGCCUGUAUCAAGUACUCUAUGGCCCAACAAACCACCUGUCUCACUGAUGACAACGCUACGAGUUAUGCUGAACCCUUGACCUUGACAUGUUUGUGUGGUCUUUCCGACGAAGAGUAUUGGAACGAUGCCUGGACAUGUACUCAGUGUAUGGGAGCUGUAGACAGUCAAAUUGGUUCUACUCAGGCCGAGAUGAAGGCGUACUACUGUAAUAAUAUUACUGGCUUAUAUCCAGGCUAUGAUGUUGGCCACUUCACCUCCUCUGGUACUGUGUACUUUGGCUACCUCUCCGAUGGUCAGGGUGUUCCUGCCACAGUUGCCGAGGCAAAUAAUGGUGCUACUGCCUCUGGUGUUGCUACUGCUUCUGAUACGGCUACUGCUUCUGGUACAGCUACUACCUCUGGUUCUACUACUACCUCUGGUACGGCUACUUCUUCUGGUGCUGUUACUACCUCUGGUGCUGCUGCUAGUACCGCUAAUAUUGGCUUCUCCUCCGAGACUGUCACUAGCGUUGCGGGGACUACUUCUCCCUCAGCUUCCCCUGCUGCCUCCACUGUCACCUCUUCCUUUGUAUCCUCUCCUUCCUCUUCUGCUUCUUCGAUCACCACUUCUGCUGCUUCUUCCACUGCCUCUUCUACAUCCGAAAUUUCUUCUGUUGCUUCCUCCUCCACCAAGGCUUCCUCUUCCAGUGCUGCUGGUGCUAUAAACGCCGCUGCUUUGGGUAGUAUCAUUGGAUCUGCUCUUUUCCUCGUGCAGUUCUUAUAAUCCUAGCAUCCCAGAAUGAUACGAAUUUAUGUUGUCAUAUUUCUAGAUUUUGCAAUUUAAUGGGUCAAGGUAUCUGUCUCUGCAUAAGGUAAGAGUAUAUCUCCCAUCAAAAGAUAUAGCCUGUCUACCCUGACGAGGUCGAGUAACAAACACUUAUUACAAUUUUUAAAUUCUAUUUUAAUUUCUACUUUCCCGAUAAACCAUGGUCC